GUGAUAAUUCUCAUUUCAAUAUUGUUGCCACUAACGCUUUUCUGUUGCCAAGUAAUUUAUUUUGCCAUCUUUGUUGUGCUUCCAAGGAACGGUGAUCAAGCGUAAUCAAAUUACAUCGAUCGUGGAAAUGUCCAGAUCAAAAAGUUUUAAGCGCUCGAAGAAUCUACUCUGCUGUUGUAUAGGAAAGGAACAAUUUAACUUCAUCUCGUUGUCGCGUGUGUAAUCGAAUUUAAAACUCGUGUUUGAUCGGUACGUAUUGUGAAAUGAAGCCUCUGGAAAGUUAAAUGGUUUUGGUUAAGACGAUGUUUAUACGAAGUCCGCGAGAGUUCGGAGCGUGGCUAUCUACUGCGCUACCCCUCGUUUUUAUUGUGGUCAAUAACAGUGAGUCGUGCGAUGAUAUCAAAAUGAGCACAGUUGCUCUGUUAUUUGGAAAUGUUACCAUAUCUCAUUGGGAUACUGGAAACAAAACAUUGCUUUUUCAGAAAAGCACAGUGGAUGCUGUCAACUUGCACUGCUCUCAAAAUCCCAACCAGUGUUCUUUGAAUUUCUGGAAUGACUCAAGAAAAUUUACCACCAAAAAUGCAGCAUUUGUUGAAUCUCCCAAACAAGAAAAAAAUGAUGUUUUGAUCCAGUUGUUUGUGACCUUGCCUGAAGGAAGAGACCUCCGACAAGACAGCUGCAGUGUUGUUCCUGGAACAACUCUCCUGAAAAUUGUACAAGAUUUUAAGCACAACCUUUCAUCUAUGGUAGGAGUUGAAAUCAAGUCAGUCACACUGAACAGCAAGUCGGAAGGAGGCAGAAAUGAUAAUAAAUUAAACUACAUAAUGAUACCGAUAAGCUUUUCUGUGUUGGUCAUCUUGUGCCUUGUAGCCUGUUGUCUUCACAAUGCCAGCGAAAAGAGACGGAAAGCGAUAGCCACUGAAAGGAGAAAACAAGCUACGAAGAAGCUGCGUGAAAAUAUUUCAAAAUCUUCCGAAGGCAGUCACAAAGAGGAACGUGUUCCGGUGGAGAGCACUGCCCAAGGAGAUGUAUCAAUAACAGUCGCUCACGGAGAUUCAAGAAGGGAGAAACGAAAAGAGCCCAAAAUUGGAGGAGUCCAUCUGCACAGCGAUCAACAAGAACACGUUGAAAAUAACGAAAGUCGCGACUUGAAGAGGAGAAGGAAAAAGAGAGUUAAGCAAAGCAGAGUUAAUACUACAACUUUGACGCCUGCAGUGACCUGUGGUCAGUUGAAAGAAGAUGAAAGGGAACGUGUUCCAACACCGAUGCCAGUCCACCACGGUCUGAGCACUAGAACAGAUCUAGGGGAGAGCUUUCACGAUGGGCUAAGGCACAAGAAGAAAAAGAAACAUAAGAGACCACAUCAUGAAAUUAAAGAACAGGACGAGGGGUUUGCUGAAGACAGCGAGACACGGCAGACUGGGAAUUCGGAGGACUCUCUGAUAAAAAAUCUGCCCCGUCCUCGAAAAUUGAUCCCGUUGCAGGAGAAAAGCCAAGCGACCCCUCAAGUAUAAAAAGAAAUAUAUCUUCCGCAACGUUUCAUUUUAUAAGUUAUUAUUUAUAUAUUUUUAAUGAGGCCACUUAACGAGUUGUAAGAUGACGUGGGAUACCUUUUCUCUAGGUUGACAGGUAAUUUAAAGCCAGAACUGUUGGUUUAUAAUCGAUAUUCCCGAAUCAGACACCUUGGAAUGCGGACAUUUACCUCAAGCUUACACGAAAUCAUAAAUCCAUUCUGUUUUGGGAAAGGAUUUUAGACAAAAGUAGUGCACAAAAUAAUUUUAGGUAAUUUUACGUACCAUUUGUCCUUUUUUUUUUUCUUUUAACGUCAUCAAUUUUUUGUGAAUCUUUGAGUUCAGAUGUUUUUUAUUGCCCACUAAAAAAAAGGUUCCUUAAAUAUUAAAAUCGCCGAUUUCUGGAUGCAUCCAGUUAAACGAAUUAAUAAUGGUAAGUCAACACAUGGAAUCGUGUUUUCCUUCAGAUGCCGAUAAAAAUGAAUACAGUUACAACCACUUAAAUAUUUCAGAACUUAUUUAUAAACUUACAUUGCAACCAAUAAGUUGAUAUUUCUCCAAACUGCAUACAGCAAAUGUUGACCCCAGACUACAAUCAUAUUCGUCCUUAAAAUAGUAUACGUGAUUCACACAUGAAGGUCACGAGAAUAAAGGAAAUGAUCACCAACUAAAGAAACUCUUGGUUGUUAAAAAAUGCUCCUCAUCACCUGAGGUAAAGU